GGCCAUUUUAGAUGAUAGUUUGUGCCGUUGUCCGAUCAGUGAUUCCUGAUGUCAAAACAGUAAGAUUUGUUCAGUGUUUAAAACAACAGGUACAUUCUCAAGUGCGGUUGAUUUUAUCUAAAUAUUUCGAAACUUUCUAAACGUAAUUAUGAGUAGUUUAUUAUUUGCGUGUUCGAGGUGUUUCUCGCGACAUCCAUUCGAGGAGUUAUCGUCCGGCCAACAGUUGUGCAAAGAAUGCCGUGGAGCUUAUCCUGUGGUGAAAUGCACGUAUUGUCGCUCGGAAUUCCAACAAACGUCGAAGGGCAGUACAAGUACGAUAUGUAAAAAAUGUGAACAAAACGUGAAGGCUUACGGUAAGCCUACAGCAUGCGAAUAUUGCAAUAUUAUUGCCGCUUUCAUCGGCAAUAAGUGCCAGAGAUGCACGAACUCUGAAAUCAAGUAUGGCCCUCCAGUCAACUGUGAACAAUGCAAACAGAAAUGCGCGUUUGAUAGACACGACGAUGAUAAGAAGGUUGAUGGCAAAUUGUUGUGUUGGCUUUGUACAUUAUCUUAUAAACGAGCAUUGGCGAAAACAAAACAAGGUGACGCGGAUAGAAGACACAUUAAAUCGCAAAUGAGGCAUUCUAGUAAACCAAAUAAGGAUAGCAAAUCCCGUUCCCACAAUAAGAGGCCACAAAGACCUGAUCCAACGAAAGCCCCACCACUAGAUAAUGAUCAACCGCCAGCGAAAGUAGCGAGGAAUAAUACGGGUCCUGGUUUGAUCAGGGCAGAACUUGAUCCUAAUAGUUCUGAUCACAUGGUCGCCAUGACACAGCUGAAAGAGCAAAUAGCGAGUAUGCAAAAACAGCUAAGUAUGAAAGAUGCGCAAUUACUAGGUAAAGAUAAGAUGAUCACCGAAUUGAAGGCUAAACACUUUACCACGGAGAACGAGUUGAGGAACAAGAUGAAAACUGCCCAGAAGGAAUUUGACAGUAAAGUUGAGAUGUUCAAUGGUCGUAUUCAGGGCCUCUUGAAAGAAGUCGCUGGUUUGAGCAAGAGUAACCGUCGGGACAGACUAUCUGCAGCCAAGGAGAGUUCGAACAACAGCGGAAGCGGAACGGACAGUCCCAAUACACAAUAGUUCUAUACAGAAUACUUAUAGGUAUAUAUCAUAAUAUUUUUAUUGUAUUUUCUUCCUUUUCCACUUUUUUUUUUAAGUGUGAAUGAUUGCGUGCGAGUUGCGUCUUAGUUUAUAAGGACGCUUUCAAUAUUUACGUUUUUUCGUGUAUUUCUUUGUGGAUUCAAGGGAUGAAACAAGUUUUAAAUUAUGAAUAUGCUCAUUCAUUUAUAUUUAAGCACUACAUAUUAAUUUAGUAACAUAAGCAUGAAGUGAUAACAAAAUAAUAGAUGGUGGUAAUCCAUUGACAGUUAAUCCUCACACUUCAUAAUAUUUAUUUGAAAAAUUUAGGACGUCUUGUUAAAAUAAAUAUUAUUUUCGAAACCAUACUAAUCACAUUGAUCUAAGUUUUAACCUGUUAAUGUUUCGUGUAUGUCUUGUUUUUUGCUAUUAAGAAGAAGAGAAAAAA